AUUGACGGCAGGCGAGGCGUGGACAUGGAGGAGGAAGACACGAGAGAUUACCAUGAACCCUGUUCUCAGUGUUCGGAUGUCAACUGGGGCCUUACGGAUGAAGGCACAUUUUACUGUAGAUCUUGCCACAAUGUUAUCGACAGGACAAGAGAAGUUUUAACUGGAGAUGCAAUUUCAAAUGCCAGAGUACAGUCUGUCUCUAGAGGAUUAACAAAGAGAUCCAAAUUUGAUAAAGGCCUGGAAUGGUACAUCUGUGAAGGAUUUCAGUUCAUACUCCAGAAGCAAGCUGAAGCUCUGCAGUCUUUAGGAGUUUCUUCACAGAUGAAGGAUGAAGUUCUUUGUAAUUUAUGGACAAAUUACCUUCAGAAGAGCGAGCUGGCGUAUUGUGACAAACCCUCCAAGGAUGCUAGGCAUGAUGGAUUACCUCUGUCAUCUGACACUGAUAAUGAAGUGAACACGGAUCUAGAUAUUAUUAGACUUCUUGGCUUGUCUUCGUCUGCAAGUGAUACAGAUGUAGCAUCAGAGUCUAGCAUUGGAGAGACUUCUUCUCUUGGAAAAAGAUCGGACACAUCUGACUGGUCUGGGUCAGUGGACGGGGGCUCGUAUUUACGGAACAGGAAAGGGCAUUUGACGUUGUCGAUGCCAGUGACCCUGGCUUUCUGCUAUUUGGCAUUGCUGUGGUUGAGGGAAUCGAUUACAUUGUCAGAUCUCUUAAGGCUGGUAAUGGAUGGUCACAUUCCUUAUUUGAAUGCCUAUAAAGAUUUCCCAGAGGAGAUGAAGGUGUAUGGGACUGACUUCAAGAUCUUCCAUGCAGAGUCUUGGCCUGUAUAUGAAGAUGUUCAUAAAAAAAUGCAGUCCCUUGCAACAUACUUGGAGCUGCCCCGUUUUCCAGAUAUAGCAGAGGACAGCUUCCUUCACCCAAACAUUCUCUGCAUGAAGUAUUUAAUGGAAGCCAACUUGCCUGAUGACAUGCACAAUUGGACUUGUAGAGUCGUCAAAAAAAUUGGUAUUGGCGAAGCAGACUUUCUGACACUUCAGCCUGGGAAUAAAUCAGUCCGGAAAGUGAAAUAUGAUAUUAUUGCAGUAGCUGUUGUCGUAGUGGUGCUGAAAAUUCUUUUCUUGCUGGAUGACCAGUUUGAAUGGCAGCUGUCGAAGCACGCUGAAGAAAGAAACAAAAACAACCAAGAAGGCUGUCCAGUUUUUGAUAUCAGAAAAUGGUACAUGGUUGUAAAGAAGGCUAUGGACUUGGAGCAAAAGAAACUGGAGGAAGAAAGAGUCAAGUAUUUAUGGAAAUGUGAACAACCACGCUUUCAGUCAGCCAGCGAAAAGUCUGUAGUUCUCAAGAAAAGGCAGAUGGUAACAGUCCUUCAAAGACAGUUUCGCUCAUUGUCGGGCACCAUGGAACCUACUGAGAAGAAAAAACCUUCAAGUUUCCAGUUUCACUGGACAGAAGAAAACCUGGAAAGGCCUUGUUUUCAUGGGCAUAGUCUGGAUGGCAUUUUGCGACAAACGGACCACGUUCUCACUACUCUGAACAAAGAUUACUGGUUGUGCGCAAUGGAACUGUGCAAAGAGAAGGAAUGUGGUCACCUGGCACAUUAUGAAGAAUCAGACUUUCCUCAUAGCUACCAAUUUGUGUUAAGCCUGUUCUCCUUCAUCUUAAGGGUCCAGCCCUCUGUUAUCCAUGAAGAAGUGUGUGCUAUAGAACACAGGCUCUUCUAUUCACAGCUUCAUAAGAAAUCCAGAAUCUCCAAAGGUAAAAAAGGCAGAAAAUCUAAAAGACCAGAGGCUAGCUUAGCCUUUGAGAACAGCCGUGAGAAGACUGCAGUAAGUGAUACAGCUCCUGCAGUUGAUUUGGUGCUUCCCAUAAACACCUCUACUGAAAGUAGAGGAUUGAAUAGAGACAUUCUCUCUUCAACUAGUCUGUACACGUAAUUCAUAUAUGUAGGAAAAUUGCCUAACAGUAGAGAUCUUGACACUACUUGCUACCAAAGAUUCUUUUUUUGUACAAUACCAAUGAUGUUGAAAAGCGUUCCUAUAUUUGUAUGUAUUCUAAUUUUGUUUCAUUUAAAAGGCGGCCUUGUUUUCCACUGUAAAAAUAAAUCCGUAAUAUAUUGAAAUUAAAAAUAUU